UCGCGAAGGUCUUCCUGAACCUGCCCGACCAACCAGUUCCGCCGAGUGAAAAGGAAGGUCAGUGUUCAAAAUGGCGGAUGGAGGGAAGCAAGACUAUGUGACUGCUGUCUUCUAGUAGUGCAGUAGGUGAUAGAUCAAAGACCUCAGUAGCUGCACAGUUUGGCGAAAUGGGAGGUGUUACAGUCGUGGUGAUUGUGACAGCGUUAGUGUUGUCAGUUCUGUGUCGAGUCAGCUGUGACAGUGUCGGUGACAAGUAUACAGGUUCGCUGCGAUUGGUCAACGCGGUAUUUCGACACGGGCAGAGGACACCACAAGAUACCUAUACCAAUGACCCUCAUGCCAACUUCGACUUCCAUCCUUUCGGGUGGGGCCAACUCACCAAUGAAGGAAAAAAGCAGCAGUACGAAUUGGGUCAGUUUUUGAGGGACCGCUAUGGGCAGUUUCUCGGAGAAGAGUUUAGCAAUGAUCAGGUGAGACUACAAAGCACAGGAGUGGACCGUGCUCUUAUGUCUGCUCAGCUGGUCUCGGCCGGACUGUUCCCUCCUGUUGGGUACCAGAAGUGGAACCCCGGACUGGACUGGCAGCCUAUCCCCAUCCACUCUCAGCCACUCGAUGAGGAUACGCUGCUGCUGGUGAGGGUACCGUGUGCCCGUUAUUAUGAGGAACUGGAAGCAGUGAAGGGCUCGGAAGAGGUUAGGAACUACACGAGUUCUCUCAGUGACUUCUAUGCAGCCUUAAGUCAGCACUCAGGCAUGACCGUCAGUGACCCUGACGAUGUCCAGUCCAUCUACAAUACAUUGCUGGCCGAGACAAGUUUCAAUUUAACCCUUCCAGAGUGGGUUAAUGACUAUUUCCCUGAGAAAAUGGCUGCUGUUACAGCUUACAGCUUCACACUUAAUGUUUACAAUGAUGAACUAAAGAAACUAAAAGGAGGUCCACUGUUGAAGAAAAUUUUAUCUGACUCGCAAGCAAAGUUAGAGCCUUCGAAUAAACGCAAAAUGUUUCUGUAUGCUGGCCACGACUCAACUGUAGUGAAUUUGUUGAUGGCACUUAAAGUUUGGGAUGAGCAGAUCCCUGUAUACAACAUCCUGGCUUUGGUAGAACUACAUCAAAUUGAUAAAAAUUAUGGGUUAAAGAUAUUUCUAAGAAACUCAACUGAACAUGAACCAUACUUACUACGAGUGCCCGGCUGUGAAGAUUUCUGUCAACUUGAUAAAGUGGUAGAGUUCACUAAGAACAUGAUACCAAAUGACCUGACCAAGGAGUGUAUUAGUCACAACCCUAACUUUGUACCACCACCACCCCCAGGACCUUAGAUUUGGCAUGUAUUUAAAAUAGAAAUGUUUGUUAUUUGUGUUGUCAAUACUUGUUUUUAUUUAUUUUCAAUUUAACAUACUUAAUAAUAAGUAAGAAGAAUAAACCUUACAAUAAUGUACAGAUUUUAUAUAAUGGACAAGUGUAAACAAGUACUUAGAAUAUUGGAAGUGCUAUCGUUUUAUUUAUUCAUAAUAAUAAUAAUUAUUGUUAUUUGCCUUACUUUUGUUAUCUCAUCCAUUUUGCUUAUGGUAUAAUAAUAAAAAUUGAAAUAUAAAAAAA